CAUAAGCCUAGAUAACCACAGGAUAUUCUGUGAAGAGUUAAAACAAUCCGGACCAUGAGGAGGUUAUUGUGCAUCUUCAGUUUCAUCCUCGUCGUGUAUGGAGAAGCGCCAGCUGAUUCUGGUUAUUCCUACCCUAUACCACAGAAUUAUGCAUCUUCAGCAGAUGAAUACAGCGGUGGCUACUCGGAAGAAAACUCAGCAGAAGAAAUAAACAAAUUCAUUUAUUUCUUUAAAUCACCAGCAGAUCAGAAAAAACCCGCUCCCCCAAAACCACACGUGAAACCCCCACCACCAAAGAAGAACUACAAAAUCAUCUUCAUCAAAGCGCCAGAAGCUCCAGCGCCCCCAGCACCUCCACAAGUACUACCACCGAGGAACGAUGAGAAAACAAUAGUUUAUGUCCUGUCGAAGAAGCCUGAAGAACAACCCGAAGUUAUUCUACCAACGCCUCCAUCAACAAAACCACCGGCUCCUGAAGUAUACUUCAUCAACUAUGGCAUUAACAAAGAAAAUGGUGCAGUUGAAGCAGGAGGGUAUAAUUACUCUUCACAGAGUGAAACUGCUGAAGCGCCUGCUAGCAAGCCGUUGAUUAUUCCCAGUGAAUAUCUGCCGCCACAAGGUUCCUCACCGGAAAACAAACCACAAGCUCCAGUAAUUGAAUCACACGAAGCAAAGCCCAAACCUCCUUCUCCAGUUGAACGGUAUGAAUCUCCAUCGACUGCUUACAGUUCUUUCGAAGGAUCGACAGAAACAUCAUCAAAUGAGGCGUCAGUCGACUCUUCUGGUCAAGUCGGACCAACAAGGUACGUUAUUCCAUUAGAAAAACAAAACGAAGACAAGCCUCCAGUCCCAAAGCUCCAACCAAGCUUUGCCUCGGAGAUAGCAAGCCAAUACGGUCCACCCACGAGCAACAUCUCACCCCCUCGUGCAGAACAAGUUUAUCUGCCACCGAAAUCAAAUUAUGGAGUUCCAGACAGAGCUAUCAGUCUAAUUUCUAAGGAGUCAUCGAGUGCUUCUUUUGAAAGUUCUAGUCGGUAUCUACCCCCAAAAACUUCUUAUGGAGUACCAAUUCCGAAUGGUCGUCAGUCGCGAGCUAGCAGAUAUUCACCCACAAGAAGAACAAGGAGGGUAUAUCACGAAUAUAGUCCAUCUCUGGAUAUUGUCAAGGGUAUUUACGAGUACUAUGGACCUUAGGUUGGAAAUCUCUUCAGCAAACACUCGCAUCAGCGUACUUUAUUUCCACAAUAAUGAAAAUGUUGAGUUGUUUUGGUGACCCAUUAUUAGUAUAUUGAAGAGGUGGAGAGUAGGUCAAAAAUAAAUUAGUUUUGAUUCGACCGAACAUUUCGGUUUAUUGUUUUGCCUCUUUUGGGAAAGAAAGUUUUUGGCUUUCUACUACUCCAUCUGGAUACAAAAAAAAAGAUGACGGAAUCUUCCAA